UCCAAGACGUACAAAUUCAUCUGUAGGAGUGGGAAAAGAAGGUGAGACGUGGUUUGAGUCUUCAUAUAAAAAAGUGAAGGUGAAAAUAUUCUGUGUGAGAUACCGCUGACUCUGUUGACUGGGGAGGAAUGCACCACAGAGUCAAUCAUGUCUCUUGUUUCAUCUCUUUCCUAGUGAUCCGUCACCAUGAGUACGGACGCGGAGAUGCAAAUCUACGGCAAGGCUGCCUUGUACCUUCGUAAACCCGAGAAGGAGAGGAUGGAGGCACAAGCCACGCCCUUUGAUUCAAAGAACGCCUGCUAUGUGACAGACGUCAAGGAGCUUUACCUUAAGGGUCUGAUCAUUGGCAGGACAGAGGGAAAGUGUACUGUAAAAGUCACGAAUGCUGACGGCACUAAAGUGGUAAGUCUGAUCUGAAAAGUACUCAAGUAAAAAAUUAUUCAAAUGAUCAAAAUAACAUGCCAAAAGCCAAUAUGAAAUCAGUAACAAAAAAAUAGAUUAAGAAGCAUUUCUUUGUUAAAAAAUAAUAAUAUAUAUAUAUAUAUAUAUAACCUUCAAAUCUUUAAAUAUAGAAACUCGGAUUACAACACUAGAUCACAGGGUUGGUUAACGAUGGAGACUUCACGUGUAUCCACAGAGUUGGGUAAAUCUCCCUUCUCCUACCAGGCCCCUAUAUAUAUAUAUAUAUAUAUAUAUAUAAAAUGUGGAAUAAUCUCCAAGUAACGUUUCAUUUGGAUAUGUUGUUAUCUCUAGGUCAGUUUAGGAGAAACUCUAGGGAUUUUUAUAUUGAUUCAUGUGUUUAUUUUGUAUAUAACGUUAGCUAUUUAUUUAAUUUUGUGUUUUAAAUUGUGUAUACUUUUUUAUUCUGUAUUGUUCCCAGGGCACAUUUCCAAAUGAGACAAUGUGGUUAAAUAAAAGUUAAAAAUAAAUAAAUAUAACAGAACAUUUUUAUUGCUACUAUUUAAAAAUGUUACUGAUAUAGACUAGUCAAGAAUCACCAUGUCAGAGGGGGAAUAAAACAAUGCAUUUUUAAAAAGAUUGAACUUGUAUUUAAUGAGCAAAAAGCAUUCAGUCAUGUCCAGUUUGAUCCGUGCGUAAUCUAGAUUUCUGACCGUUUCAGGAUAAAGAGUUCAAAGAAGCAGACAUCUACCAGAUGAACCCCCCUAAGUACGACAAGAUUGAGGACAUGGCCAUGAUGACCUACCUGAAUGAAGCCUCUGUGUUGUAUAACCUCAAAGAGCGUUAUGCAGCAUGGAUGAUUUAUGUAAGAAACCUGCAUAAACAUACACACAUACUGUAAAUGAACAUAAGAAAUUCCCACAUGCAUGAACACACAAACAGUACUACACAGAAAUGAACGGUAGAAACCAAAACAUACCAAUACAGUAGAUCCACAUUAGUAUAUCAAAGCACACCCUCAUCCUCACAUAAAUCCCUUAAUUUCAUUGAAUCCCUUUCAACCAGACCUACUCUGGGCUCUUCUGUGCCACGGUGAACCCCUACAAGUGGCUCCCCGUGUACGACGAAGAGGUUGUCAACGCCUACAGAGGGAAGAAGAGGAUGGAGGCUCCACCCCAUAUCUUCUCCGUCUCUGACAACGCCUUUCAGUUCAUGAUGAUUGGUACGAGCUCUCAUGGAUGGAUGGAUAGAUAGAUAGAUAAAUAGAUGGAUGGAAUGAAUGAAUGAAUGGAUGCAACAAAAAUAUAUAUAUAUAAAAUAACACUUAACCAGCACUUCUAGCUCUGACUCUACUGACAGCUACCUUAUUGAUGGCGCAGUGGUCUAAGGCACUGCAUCACAGUGCUAGCUGUGCCACUAGAGAUCCUGGUUCGAAUCCAGGCUCUGUCGUAGCCGGCUGCGAACGGGAGACCCAUGGGGCGGCGCACAAUUGGCCCAGCGUCGUCCAGGGUAGGGGAGGGAAUGGCCGGCAGGGAUGUAGCUCAAUUGGUAGAGCAUGGUGUUUGCAACGCCAGGGUUGUGGGUUCGAUUCCCACGGGGGGGGCCAGUAUGAAAAAAUUAUAAUGUGUGCACUCACUAACUGUAAGUCGCUCUGGAUAAGAGCGUCUGCUAAAUGACAAAAAAUGUAAAUGUAAAAAAAUCGAGGAAAAAUGUACUUUCUAUGCCUGUAAUAUGUGGUUGUCCCUCCCAGCUAUCUUAAGAUGAAUGUACUAACUGUAAAUAGCUCUGGAUAAGAGCAUCUGCUAAAUUACUAAAAUGUAAAAUGUAAAUGGAUGCAUGGAUGGAUGGAUGCAUGCAUGGAUGGAUGGUAUUUACUGUUUUCUAGUUAAAGCAGUUUGCUCGGAAUAUUUGAUUUCACUAGACUUGAAUGGAAAAUGUACCAACAUGAAAUUCAUGAUGAUGCUUAUGAAUGCAAUUAUGUACCCAUAAUGUUGCUUGAGUAUAAUAAGGAACAUGUUUUUUGGUUCUAGAUAAGGAGAACCAGUCCGUCCUGAUUACGUAAGUUAUAUACUAUAAUUCCACUUGAGAAGAUGUUUCUAUUGUAAUAUGUUGGGUCACUUGGUGUUAUAAAAUACAUGACAUUAUGAAUGGAUUAGGUCACGGUGUUAUAAAAUACAUGACAUUAUGAAUGGAUUAGGUCACUUGGGUGUGAUGAAAAUAUACUGAACAAAAAUAUAACGCAACAUGUAAAGUGUAGGUCCCAUGUUUCAUACGCACAAAAAGCUUAUUUCUCUUAAAUUCUGUGCACAAAUGUGUUUAGAUCCCUGUUAGUGAGCAUUUAUCCUUUGCCAAGAUAAACCAUCCACCUGACAGGUGUGGCAUAUCAAGAAGCUGAUUAAACAGCAUGAUCAUUACACAUGUGCACCUUGCACUGGGGACAAUAAAAGGCCACUCUAAAAUGUGCAGUUUUGUCACACAACACAAUUCCCAGUCGUGUGAAAUCCAUAGAUUACGGCUUAAUGAAUUUAUUUCAAUUGACUGAUUUCCUUAUAUGAACUGUAAUACAGUAAAAUCGUUGAAAAUGUUGGAUGUUGCGUUUAUAUAUGUGUUCAGUAUACAUGGCAUUAUGAAUGGAUUAGACUGUGCGUAAUAUUGAGUCGAUGAGUGGAAAUAUUUGUUAAUGAUUUACUUAUGUUAGAAAACAGGUGAACAGUGUAUUUGUCAGUGCUAUUUCUUAGCAAAAGCCAAUAUGACACUUAAACCCAUCAUUCUCGGUCAUAUAAACCAGUGGAGAAUCCGGUGCAGGAAAGACUGUCAACACCAAGCGUGUCAUCCAGUACUUCGCCACCAUUGCAGUUUCUGGUGUCAAGAAGGAAGUAGACCCCACCAAAAUGCAGGUAGGUUAUGCCUUUUUAACAUAUUUCAGUUUGGUGGGCUGUGUAAAAAAAAAAUUCAAGUGCUGAAUACUGUUUUAAGUAAAGUGUUUCCCAGUUUCUGAGCAACUUGUGUUUUUUCUCAAAUCAGGGGUCUCUUGAAGAUCAGAUCAUUGCAGCUAACCCUCUGCUGGAGUCUUACGGUAAUGCCAAGACAGUGAGGAACGACAACUCGUCUCGCUUCGUAAGUAUGAAGAAUUGACUGUGGAAGUACGUUAUAUUGGGUGGAAAAAUGUCAGUAGUUCCCUAUAGUUGUAUCAAUAGAUGUCCAACGAACUGUAACAUUUCAAGGGGUCUAUCAAAGUAAAAUGGUAGAUUUAUUUAGUUGACCUAUUUCUAACCCCCAUGCUCUACUAUAGGGUAAAUUCAUCAGGAUUCACUUCCAAGGAGGCAAACUGGCUAAAGCUGACAUUGAGACCUGUGAGUUGGUUUUGAUUGUUUCUCAAUGCUUUCCUUAAAGACUUGCUCCGGAACUUUGAAGACUAGCAAGUAUUUUUUAAAUCUCGCGCUUUGGGCUGGAUGUGUCAAUGUGUAGUUCAUACAUGCACAAUCUGUCUUAACUUAAUUAGCCAGGAAAUCCCUAGUUUUAAAGCGACUGUUUUCUGGAAGUUGUGUGGCUCAAUUUUUCCCUACAUUUCCCCCCAGGUGACCUUAGCAAUUCAAGUUUCAGCCAAUGAGCUUCAGCCCUUCGCCAUUUGAGUGACAGCUAGCAAUUUGCACACACAGCAGAGCAAAAGAGAGAGUAAUGACUUGGUGCACAUAUCUGCACAUAUGUGAGGUAGUACGAAAUUUUCGGGGACCAUUUUUGACUCGUGAGCGAUACUUUCAGAACUACUGGCUAUAAAGUAUACAAAAGUACUGGAGAAUAUUUUUUAUUCACACAGCAUAUUUUGAGGAGAUCAUAUCAUCAGAUAUCAUAUUUUUCUAUCACUUGUUCUCUUUCUCUCUCAGACCUGCUCGAGAAGUCCAGAGUGGCCUUCCAGCUGCCCGCUGAGCGAGGCUACCAUAUCUUCUACCAGAUGAUGACCAACCACAAACCUGAGCUAGUUGGUAAGGCAAAGUAGAGGUUUAUGUGAAAUUAUUUCCACCCCCAUCUGUGGAAUUUAUUAAACAUUUUCCUACUCCACACUGUUAAUAUUAUUACAAUGACUACAUCCAAGGUAACAAGGCAUCUAAACAUGGGUCAGGUCUUUCAAGGUCUUUCAUGGGAAAGAUAUAUCAAGUAAUGCACUGUGAUGCACUAGUCCAGGAGCCUCAGUCCCCUCUUUUGAUGCUAUGUAUUAUAUACUACAUGUAUCCUUGAGUCCAUCUAUUGAGUAAAGGAGGAAGAGAUACUGUAAAGGUAGGACAGCACAAUUCUAAGAGAUUUAACUGACAAACCAUUAUCCGUUGUCCACAGAAAUGACGCUCAUCACCACCAACCCCUACGACUUCCCCAUGAUCAGCCAGGGUCAGAUCACUGUGGCCAGCAUCGACGACAAGGUCGAGCUGGAUGCCACAGAUGUGAGUCAUACAAAGUGUUAACCAAACUCUAGAUAUGGAAUGGGUAGGAUCACCAUACACACUGAAUGCACUGUGCAAUUCCAACUUGGUGGCAGCAGGGCACCUUGUGUUAGUUAGGCACGUGCUUCAAGGCACUCUUCAUGCCUUCACUCUUCGCCUUGAGGCACAUACCUGUAAGACAUCCACAAGAGACUGCCACUAUAUGCCCUGUGGAACUGUGUAAAACUAAUUUUGUGCUGCCAUAUACUAGUGUGUUGGCCAAGAGCAAUCAUGUGGAACAGAGAAGCCAGUCAAUUGUAUCCAUCCCAUUUGUUCUGGACUGAACCCAGAACGGUAGUGUACUGUAACUGAGCAAACUGCCGUUCAGUUCUUCACGGUUGUACUUCCUCUCUAAUGCCAGGAUGCCAUUACAAUCCUGGGCUUCUCUAAUGAUGAGAAGAUGGCCAUCUACAAGCUGACAGGAGCUGUAAUGCACCAUGGCAACUUGAAAUUCAAGCAGAAGCAGCGUGAGGAGCAGGCCGAGUCAGAUGGAACAGAGGGUGAGUCCCACUCAAAGAUAUACAAUAUGGAAAGCAUUAGUCCCUUUCCCAGUCCCAAACAUAGAAAUAGAACACAUAAGAGGGCAAUUCCACAAAGUCACAUUUUUCACUUAAAAUGUAUGCCAAACAAAAAUCAUGAAUUUUAAAGUUUAAAAAAAAAACAUUCAACUCUAUGACCAAUGACCACUUUUAACAAUUUACACUGAACAUAUUACAAAAACACAUUUACUGGAAUAACUGUGCAGAUGCAAAAUUUGGUAAGAAGAAUUUUGGUAAAAUCUCCCUCAUUUUUUUCUCUUAAAUAUCUGCUCCGAAUUAAGAUUUAACAAUGUCUGCAAAUGGCACUGCUGGGUUAUUUGAAAAGUCAUAGUAAAUCCAUCAAUGAUAUAAUAAUACUCUUAGCAAAAAUGUUUAUCUUUAAUUUACAAUAUUUAGAAACUAUGAGAAAAGAAAGGUUCAGUACUUUUGUGAAACGUCAAAGCACAGUUGAAAAAUAUAUGCCAAAUAGAAAUCAAAACUGGAUGGUGUUCAGUGAUAGAUGGGUUGAGGGGAGCUGAAGGUUAGGACUAAAAAUAACAACAUAACUAAGGUAACAUAUACUGUGAACAAAAAAAUUGAAUUAUUGUAAAAUUGACUGUGUCCAAAAAUGUUAUUAGUAUGUAUAAGCUGGAAGUAGAAGCCUAAUUGUUGUUGUCCAUUAGUUUAAUUAGGGUUAGGGGAAAAUAAUAAAAUAAAAUAUAUAUAUAUCUUUUUUAUAUACUGUGUAUAUUUUAUAUAUAGACUUGUUUCACAAGUUUGGACAUCAAAGUACAGAGCAUCUAGAGUUUUAAUCACUUAAUAAUUCAUAAACAAAAUUGAUAUUAGUAAAGACUAACUAAUUGGUAGGUCUACCUUUACGUUCAUCAUCCUCCCUCCUCUAGGAGAGAAUCUAGAACAUAUUUUAACUUUUAGAAUGUUCUAGAUCAUGUUUUAAACUUACAGAAACAUUUCUCCCAAAUGAAAUAUAAGUGUUGAUAUUAGUUGAAAGGGUCUUUACUACAACAUUGUGUUUUUUAUGUAUUUCUAAUACCUUUUAAGAGUUUUUCCGGUAGAUGUUUUCGAAGACCCUUUUCCAUCUGUUUGACCAGAAAUCAAAGCAUUUACUGAUUCCUCAUUUUCAGGGUGGAAAAUGGUUGAAAAAAUUGUAUAUGCCUUAAUUUCUAAAAAAAAAUAUAGACUCUUAGCUUUCAUUUGACACCCAAUUUGACAUGUUCCAAUGAUAUGCUCCGAUGAACUUCAAAUGUUGGUGCUCAUGGGUCCUUUCACAUGGAGAUGACCAAGACAGACAGUGCCACAUGAAAGUCAGGCAGGAUAUCAUUUUGGAGACCAAAUUCCAACCUCCAGAAAGGAUUUGAAUAAUGGAUGUGGGUUAAAAUCUUAACCUAACCUACAAAGAGCUGGCCAAACUAUUUUGUCCGUGUGACAUCAGAAACAAGCGAUCUGUUGUUGUUGGCUCUCUCUCCAGUUGCUGAUAAAAUCGGCUACCUGCUGGGCCUGAACUCAGCUGAGUUGCUGAAGGCUCUGUGCUACCCCAGAGUGAAGGUCGGCAACGAGUACGUGACCAAGGGACAGACUGUGCCUCAGGUAAUGUGGUCAAACACAGCAUCAACCAUUUUCUGACCACCAGAAUUAUUUUGGGGGCAAUUGCAUUGCUUUUUAAAAAAUAUCACCAUAUCACUAGACAUGGUCAAUAUCUCAUGUAUUAAUUUGAGGUAUUAUCAUUGCAGGUUUAUAACGCAGUCAUGGCUUUGGCCAAGUCCAUCUAUGAGAGGAUGUUCUUGUGGAUGGUCGUCCGUAUCAACGAGAUGUUGGACACCAAGAAUCCAAGGCAGUUCUAUAUUGGUGUGCUCGAUAUUGCCGGGUUUGAGAUCUUUGAUGUGAGUAUGAGACCAGAACAAGACAAUUAGUUGUCAUUGAGAAGGAUUACAGCCCUGUAUGAUGACAUUAUCCCUUUUGAAAUUCCAUCAACAGUACAACAGCAUGGAGCAGCUGUGCAUCAACUUCACCAAUGAGAAACUGCAACAGUUUUUCAACCACACUAUGUUCGUCCUGGAGCAAGAGGAGUACAAGAAGGAGGGAAUCGUCUGGGCCUUCAUUGACUUUGGCAUGGACUUGGCUGCCUGCAUUGAGCUUAUUGAGAAGGUAAGUUAUCUGUAAGGAUUAUUAUGGGCAUCAACAGCAAAGCUCAUAGGGAGCGCAUUGGGAGAUAAUAUCACAGUGGUACAACGUAUCUGAACUCAAUAUGUUUCCUAUUAUGUGCCCCUAAAUGAAUAGAAUCCUAUAAAAGCAUGUUUGCUAAAGGAAUAAAUGUGAUCCUAAAUGUAAAUAUCACUCAUUUGAUAUACAUCUCCUUUGUAAAGCCAUUGGGCAUCUUCUCCAUCCUUGAAGAGGAGUGCAUGUUCCCCAAGGCGUCAGACACUACCUUCAAGAACAAACUGAACGACCAACAUCUUGGCAAAACCAAGGCAUAUGAGAAGCCCAAGCCUGCCAAAGGCAAGGCAGAGGCCCACUUCUCCCUGGUGCACUACGCCGGUACUGUGGACUACAACAUCACUGGCUGGCUGGAGAAGAACAAGGACCCCCUGAACGACUCAGUUAUUCUGAUGUACGGGAAGUCCUCAGUUAAACUGUUGGCUGCCCUGUAUCCUGCUGCCCCACCUGAGGGUAAGACCAGCAUCACGUCAACAUAUUUAAUUAAGCCCUAGUUACAACUCAGACCCACAUUGUCUUUAAGCAUAGCUGAGUGAGCAUAAUAAUUAGCUUUUUUUUUUUACUGAACUGAUGGCCUUCAUCUGAUGGUCAGUCUGUGGGGAGGGAGGGAGGGAGGGAACAGCGCGGUGAGGCUGCCUCUCACCCAACUCACCGUCCCUCCUCUCUCCCUCCCUCCGCUGAGAAAAGGGGACACAGUCUUCCAGCUGAUGGCGAAACUCAAGUCGCACUGCAUUAUUGAACAAAGUGUUGACAGUGUUUAAUAAUAACGUCUUAUAAAAGUGUUUAACAAAGUGUUGAAUAACAACUUAAACAUGAACUCACUAAAAUAAAAACAGCAGCACUUUGCUGUAUUCGUUGAUUCUCUCCAGUCACGUUUUGAAAUUCACAGUUUCAACUUUGCUGUGCGUUCGAGGCUUCUUCUUACAUUUUAGUCAUUUACAGACGCUCUUAUCCAGAGCGACUUACAGGAGCAAUUAGGGUUAAGUGCCUUGCUCAAGGGCACAUCGACAGAUUUUUCACCUAAGCCUUUGAAUGUAUCACCAUUUCUCAGGGUUAUUCACUGGGUUAAUUUACACAUACAAUAGGUGUUAUUUUACACAAUCUCAAUGGUAGUGUUUGCAUUCGAUUCUCUUAUUCAUAAUUAUAUUUUACUUUUCCACAUUUGAACAGAUACAACCAAGAAAGGAGGCAAGAAGAAGGGUGGUUCCAUGCAGACUGUGUCCUCCCAGUUCAGGGUGAGCUCUUGAAAUAUAUAUAUUCAGUCCUUCAAAAGGUGCAUUGAUUAUCAUAAAUGAUGUCUGAGAAAAUGGUUUGUAACCCUCUUACAGGAGAACUUACAAAAGCUGAUGACCAACUUGAGGAGCACUCAUCCUCACUUUGUGCGCUGCCUGAUCCCCAACGAGUCAAAGACUCCAGGUACAAGAAAUAUUGAGUUAAAUAUUACAUCUUAUCAAUACAGUAUGAGUAACCUUAAUGAGCCCAAUCUUUAAUCUGUUUAUGUGUAUUAAAAGAGACUUGGUUUGUUUUACCAGGUCUGAUGGAGAACUUCCUGGUUAUCCACCAGCUCAGGUGUAAUGGUGUUCUGGAGGGUAUCAGGAUCUGCAGAAAGGGCUUCCCCAGCAGAAUCAUCUAUGCUGACUUCAAGCAGAGGUACACACACACAAACACAAAUGCACACACACACACACACACACACACACACACACACACACAGAGAAAGCUCCAAGGGUUUUCCCAGCAUCAGAAUAGGAUUACCUUUUAAACAAGUUUUUGCUUUGUCAUUAUCGGAUAUUCUGUGUAGGUUGAUGAGAACAAUAUAUUUUUUAAAAAUACAUUUUAGAAUAAGGCUGUAACGUAACAAAAUGUGGAAAAAGUCAAGGGGUCUGAAUACUUUCCGAAUGCACUGUAUAACCAACCUAUUACAACUUCACAUAAGUUAAAAAUGUCUCCUCAUUCAGGUACAAAGUACUGAAUGCCAGUGUCAUCCCCGAGGGCCAGUUCAUGGACAACAAGAAGGCUUCAGAGAAGCUGCUUGGGUCCAUUGACAUAAAUCACGACGAUUACAAGUUUGGACACACCAAGGUCAGUCAAAUACCCCCAGCAAAAGCUGACAACAAAACACAACUUCAAUGAUCAUUUCAACCCUAACUGUUCAACAUCUCACCAGUAUCUUCAUUUAACUAAUGAAAAAGGUUGAAAAACAAUUUUUUUCUUCAAAUUCGUACAAGUAUAGAAACUCAACUCAUUAUCAUGUUGCAUUGGUUUAUAGUGGUUUGGUUGCAGUUAUCUGUAUCUGUGUACAUUAUUCAUCUACAACUGUACAAUAACUUACAACUUAGAAACAGCCUAUGCAAUGUUUAUGUUGUUCAAAUCAAUCUAGUGGUGUUGUUGCCCUGUUUUGAUCCAACCCUUUCUAUCUGUAACCAUCUGACUGUGGUUCCAAUGUUCCAUGUUUACCUGUGCCUCAGGUGUUCUUCAAAGCCGGUCUGCUGGGUGUCCUGGAGGAGAUGAGAGAUGAGAAGCUGGCCGUUCUGGUCGGCAUGGUCCAGGCUCUCAGCCGUGGAUUCCUCAUGAGGAAAGAGUUCACCAAGAUGAUGGAGAGGAGGUGAGGAAUAGUAGACAUUUUGGCAAAGCUUUCUGUGGGCCACCUGUAUGUAAUGCAUUAUGAUUACAUACUGUAUAUGCUGUGAGGUGAUCAGAAUGAGAAAGUAUGUCUUAUAAUGCUUUAUUAAUGCUGCAGUUUGGGAUUUGGCAAGCUGUUCUGUUGUCAUUUAUAUUUGUGAUAUUUACCCAUUCAUUCUUAAAGAAUAUAAAAUGCCUCAUGAUUUAAGCAUAACCUGUCAGUCCAUGCAUCUAGAGCACUGUCUAUGAAUUUAAAAGUGGUUCCAUUUCCUUAGCCCCAUUCCUCAGCUGUAGACAAAAAGUGUUGGGGAAGGCCCGUUUUGUUGUUCUUCAAAUCCCAGAAUGUAGCUUUGAGCAUGUCACUCACCAUGCCACCCACCAUGCCACUCACCAUGCCACUCACCAUGCCACUCACCAUGUCACUCACCAUGCCACUCACCAUGCCACCCACCAUGCCACUCACCAUGCCACUCACCAUGCCGCUCACCAUGCCGCUCACCAUGCCACUCACCAUGUCACUCACCAUGCCACCCACCAUGCCACCCACCAUGCCGCCCACCAUGCCACUCACCAUGCCGCUCACCAUGCCACUCACCAUGCCACUCACCAUGCCACUCACCAUGUCACUCACCAUGCCACUCACCAUGCCACUCACCAUGUCACUCACCAUGUCACUCACCAUGUAACUCACCAUGCCACUCACCAUGCCACUCACCAUGUCACUCACCAUGCCGCUCACCAUGCCACUCACCAUGCCACUCACCAUGCCACUCACCAUGUCACUCACCAUGUCACUCACCAUGUAACUCACCAUGCCACUCACCAUGUCACUCACCAUGUCACUCACCAUGCCACUCACCAUGUCACUCACCAUGUCACUCACCAUGCCACUCACCAUGUCACUCACCAUGUCACUCACCAUGUCACUCACCAUGUCACUCACCAUGCCACUCACCAUGUCACUCACCAUGCCACUCACCAUGCCACUCACCAUGCCACUCACCAUGCCACUCACCUCACCAUGCCCCACCAUGUCACUCACCAUGCCACUCACCAUGUCACUCACCAUGCCACUCCGUCCUUUCUGUCGACCAGAGAUGCUGUCUUCACCAUCCAGUACAACAUCCGCUCAUUCAUGAAUGUGAAAACCUGGCCAUGGAUGAAGGUGUACUUCAAGAUCAAGCCCCUGCUGAAGAGUGCCGAGACUGAGAAGGAGCUGGCCAACAUGAAGGAGAACUUCGACAAGAUGAAGACAGACCUGGCCAAGGCUCUGGCUCGCAAGAAAGAGUUGGAGGAGAAGAUGGUGUCCAUGCUUCAAGAGAAGAAUGAUCUGGCACUCCAAGUUGCAUCCGUGAGUGAGAAAAAACCUCAUAAAGGAACAUUUACGUAAAUAUGAAUACAAAACAGUGGUACAAAACAAGGACACACAUUUUUAUUGCCCAUGUUAAAUAUAUAUUUCAUGAAUUUAUAUAGAUUUGCUCUGACCUCUGACUGAAUCAAAUCUAUAUGUUGAUACACAAAGUGAGGCUGCUGAUUUUUCUCCUGUUCUGAAACCAGGAAUCAGAGAAUCUGAACGAUGCUGAGGAAAGGUGCGAGGGGCUCAUCAAGAGCAAGAUCCAGCUGGAGGCCAAACUCAAAGAGACGACUGAGAGGCUGGAGGAUGAGGAGGAGAUGAAUGCUGAGUUGACUGCCAAGAAGAGGAAGCUGGAGGAUGAAUGCUCUGAGCUGAAGAAGGACAUUGAUGACCUGGAGCUCACCCUGGCCAAAGUGGAGAAGGAGAAGCACGCAACUGAAAACAAGGUCUUGUGUCUUCCAUAGACAGUCUAACCAAACAAUAAUCAACUCAAAACAUAGCUCAACAGAAAUUGAAUUCCAGUUGGGUGCAGGAAAAAUGAAGACACAAAAUAGUGGAAUAGUGGUACUCCCUACAUUCAUUGUAUGUACUGCGCCCCCUUUAUGACUUCCAUUCAGUAUACUGGCAUUGAGUACACUGCCAUCUAGUGUUCAAUCUAUAGUACAGUACUUGUUGACAUUUCUAAUCUGAAUGAAAUAAAUGCAAUACAUAUCAAACUAAUUCUCCCCUUUAUGGUCAAGUGCCCAAAGACUAAUUUUGUUGUGGCCGUUUUCAGGUUAAAAACCUGACAGAGGAGAUGGCAUCUAUGGAUGAGAGUGUUGCCAAGCUGACCAAGGAGAAGAAAGCCCUCCAAGAGGCCCACCAGCAGACACUGGACGACCUGCAGGCAGAGGAGGACAAAGUCAACACUCUGACCAAGUCCAAGACCAAGCUGGAACAGCAAGUGGACGACGUGAGUGGAGUUUGACAUUUUGGCCAUGAUAGUAUGUAAGAUGAUAUUAUCUUCAGUUGUUUACAUAAGAAAAAUACAUGUGUGUUUUUAUCUUGUAGCUUGAGGGUUCUCUGGAGCAAGAGAAGAAGCUCCGUAUGGACCUAGAGAGAGCCAAGAGAAAGCUGGAGGGAGAUCUGAAACUGGCCCAGGAGUCCAUAAUGGACCUGGAGAAUGACAAGCAGCAGUCUGAUGAGAAAAUCAAGAAGUAAACACAAAUGAAUUACUACAGUAUUACCUGCCAUCUUGAUCAUAAUGGUUGUUCUUGACUAAUUCUUGAAAUUAUGAAAUAGCAUUUGCAUGUGAUUCGUAUAAUACUCUCUCUUUACACUAUCGAACCAAAACCAUCUUUGCAAUCGACGUGUUUGUGUUUCUUAGGAAGGAGUUUGAGACCUCCCAGCUCCUCAGCAAGAUUGAGGAUGAGCAGUCUCUGGGAUCUCAGCUGCAGAAGAAGAUCAAGGAACUCCAGGUACAGUACAGGAAAGCACACACCUGAAACAUUUCAUAAAAAAAUAUUCUGGUAGCACACAUUUUACCUGGUGGCUUGUAGGUUGAAACAUGGUGCUUCUUGCUGGUGCUUCUUACUGUUAUGGUUUUGGUUCCCGCAUGGGACACUAUUUACUUAUUAUAUUAGUGUAACUGGCUUUGUAUGAACACAUUUCUGAAAAAUAUACAUACUAUUAUUAUUUUAUGUAUUGUAGUGUUCAUCCCUCCCUGCUCCUGCCCCCUGUUCUAGGCCCGGAUUGAGGAGCUGGAGGAGGAAAUUGAGGCUGAGCGUGCUGCCAGGGCUAAGGUUGAGAAACAGAGGGCCGAUCUCUCCAGGGAACUUGAGGAGAUCAGCGAGAGGCUGGAGGAGGCCGGAGGCGCCACUGCUGCACAGAUUGAGAUGAACAAGAAGCGUGAGGCUGAGUUCCAGAAGCUGCGUCGUGAUCUUGAAGAGUCCACUCUGCAGCACGAGGCCACAGCCGCCGCUCUGCGCAAGAAGCAGGCCGACAGUGUGGCUGAGCUCGGGGAGCAGAUCGACAACCUGCAGCGCGUAAAGCAGAAGCUGGAGAAGGAGAAGAGUGAGUACAAGAUGGAGAUUGAUGACCUCUCCAGCAACAUGGAGGCCGUCGCCAAGGCUAAGGUGAGUAGUGAUGCUUUGAUCAAGCAGUGUUGAGGAGGGUCAACUACAUUACCAUUCAAGUGAACUGAAGUUGACAGGAGUCCCAUAUAUAAAGUUAUGAUGGAACAUGUUUCACUAACAGGGCAAUCUGGAGAAGAUGUGCCGUACUCUUGAGGACCAGUUGAGCGAGAUCAAGACUAAGAAUGAUGAGAAUGUUCGCCAGAUCAACGACAUCAGUGGACAGAGGGCCAGACUCCUGACAGAAAAUGGUACCAUCAUCAACAAUGAACAACAAACCAAUGCUUUCUUUCUGUAAAACACAAUAACAUGGGUUGGGGGCUGUACCCACAUAGUCCAGUCCACAUAGUUUAUACUGUACUGUUCACAGGGAGUAACUGAUUACAUGGAAUCUGAUUACAAAAAAACGCAAACUGUAAUGGUCGCACUUUAAAGCCAUGGUUACAUUAUCAGAAAAAAGAUUGUAAUCAAAUUACUAAUACUUUUGAAAAACUAGACGAUUACUUAUUUGAUUACUUUUAAAUUCAGAAAUGAUGUUUGGCAAAAAAUACAUAUUUCUGUUUUCUCGCAAGUUUGUUUGUUUGUUCCAAAAGCGAGUCUGACCACAAUUCAGAGACCACUAUGAUGAAAAAUGACUAUGACUAUGAUGAUCACCAAAUGCAUUUGAUGGAUCCUUUUUGUCUGCUUCUAAUGCCACUUAAGGGGAAAAUAAUCCAAAAGUAACGGAAAGUAAUCCGAUUACAUUACUGAGUUUGGGUAAUCCAAAAGUUACGUUACUGAUUACAAUUUGACAGGUAACUAGUGACUAACGGAUUACAUUUAGAAAGUUAUCCACCCAACCCCGACUAUUCAAGACCUAACACUGCCUUAUGUUACCGUAAAAAACACAUUUUUCAAUCUUAGAGAACAGAGACCCCAUUAACAAGACGUUCCUCUUUCCCUGCAGGUGAGUUUGGCCGCCAGCUAGAGGAGAAGGAAUCCCUGGUGUCUCAGCUGACCAGAGGAAAACAGGCCUUCACUCAGCAGGUGGAGGAGCUGAAGAGGCAGAUUGAGGAGGAGGUCAAGGUAAGGGACUCAAAACGGACACCACUGACCACAGACUUUAGAGCCAUAUCUUCGUAUAGACAAGGGAUGGGAAACAUAUCCGGCCUGCCUGCCCAUUAAAUCUGGCCCGGGGGAGAUUUUAUUUGAGGGUUAUUUGGUGGGGGGGGGGCACUCUUGAAUGUCUAAAACUAUAUAUAAUUUCGACGUACUUUCUAAUGGACCAUUAAGUGUUAAAUUAAAUAAAAAUGUUCUGGCCCGCAUAUUUCUCUGACGAACAAAUCGGUCCGAAAAAAUCUGUGUGGCCCUCAACUGAUUUUUUUUAUCCUGAUGUGGCCCUCGAGACAAAAUGAUUGCCCACCCCUGAUAUAGACGGUGACUAGGCCACCCUCAGAGACGUCUACUGUCAUUUGUUUUACUAUCUCUCUUAGUCUUUAUAUUUCUCUCUUUCUCUCGCAAAGGCUAAAAACGCACUGGCCCACGGUGUCCAGUCUGCCCGCCAUGACUGUGACCUCCUGAGGGAGCAGUUUGAGGAGGAGCAGGAGGCCAAGGCAGAGCUGCAACGCGGCAUGUCUAAGGCCAACAGUGAGGUGGCUCAGUGGAGGACUAAGUAUGAAACUGAUGCCAUCCAGCGCACAGAGGAGCUGGAGGAGGCCAAGUGAGUCACACUCAACAGCAAAAACUCAAACAUACGGUGUGGAUGGUGAGGGUGGUAGGGGGCUCUAAGAAAAUAUUACGUUGAUAUGUAUUUUAACAUUUGUACACCGUCUGUCGUCCAUAAGGAAGAAGCUGGCCCAGCGUCUGCAGGAGGCUGAGGAGACCAUUGAGGCAACAAACUCCAAGUGCGCCUCCCUGGAGAAGACCAAGCAGAGGCUGCAGGGAGAGGUGGAGGACCUCAUGAUUGAUGUUGAGAGAGCCAACGCAAUGGCUGCCAACCUCGACAAGAAGCAGAGAAACUUUGACAAGGUUAAAAUGAAUAAACCUCAUGCUAGGGUGAUAUUUUCUGUCUGCUAUAUGAUCAAUUGUAAUAUAAUUGUAGCAUAUUUCUGAUUCCAAACUUCAUCAAUGACUUCUAAUGGAUUUCCCUAGGUUCUGGCAGAGUGGAAGCAGAAGUAUGAGGAGGGUCAGGCUGAGCUGGAAGGAGCUCAGAAGGAGGUUCGCUCUAUGAGCACUGAACUCUUCAAGAUGAAGAACUCCUACGAGGAGGCUUUGGAUCAUCUGGAGACUCUGAAGAGAGAGAACAAGAACCUGCAACGUGAGCAUUUGACAGCAGUAAUCUGUAAUCUGUAAUCUGUAAUCUUCAACAUUUUCUAUUAUACCAUUUAAAAAAAAACUUGUAAUCGGUAUUCCUUUGAACGACCCAAGGAAGUGGGGGCAAUUAGAUUUGCAAGACCCUAUGAAGUGCUGAUUAAUUUCAUGAAUGAAAAUGUAUUUGUCACAGGCUUCGUAAACAACAGGUGUAGGCUAACAGUGAAAUGCUUACUUACGGGCCCUUCCCAACAAUGCAAAGAGAAAGAAAAGAGAAAUUAUAGAAAAAUUAUAACCCAAGGAAAAAAAUACACAAUGAGUAAUGAUAACUAGGCUCUAUACACGGGGUAAAAGUACAGAGUCCAUGUGCAGGGGUACGAGAUAAUUGAGGUAGAUUUUUGCAUAUAGGUAUAGAUAAUAAACAGUAACAGCAGCACAUGUGAUGAUUUAGUGCAAAAAGAGACAAUGCAGAUAGUCCGGGUAGCUAUUGGUUAACCUCUACGGGAUCGGUGUCCCAUAUACAGGACAGUUGAGCUAACCUGCGCUAAUGUGAUUAGCAUGACUGUUGUAAGUAACAGCAAAUUUUCCAGGACAUAGACAUGUCUUAUAUGGGCAGAAAGCUUAACAUCUUGUUAAUCUAACUGCAAUGUCCAAUUUACAGUAGCUAUUACAGUGGAUUGCGGGGAGCUCGGCCCCAGUAAUUAUUAUGAUUCAAUGUCAACUUCAUUGCAUUGGCAAUAUCCCCCAAAAUCUCCCAAGUCUAAACUGCUCCUGUGUUUGUGUGUGCAGAGGAGAUCUCUGACCUGACUGAGCAGAUCGGAGAGACUGGCAAGAGCAUCCAUGAGCUGGAGAAGGCCAAGAAGACUGUGGAGACCGAGAAGUCUGAGAUCCAGACCGCUCUGGAGGAGGCUGAGGUACAAACUACAGCUGUUUGAUUGGGAAAAUAGUGUUAUCCCCAUGAGCUAUUGCAGAAGCAUCAGCUACUCUUCCUGGGGUCCACUAAAAACACAAAACAUGACAAGUAACAAAACCCUGAUAGACAAGGACAGUCACACAAAUUUAAAAUACGAUAUACAAACAAUACAACUAAAGUGGUACACUAGCCAAUGCCAGCUACAGUCCAACACUCCCUGUAUUGGUGUUUAUUGUAGUCAUAUAUAUUUAAUUCCUUGUGUUAUACACAUCCAAAUGUAUUGAACACAAUUUGCCUGACUGCUUCUCUUUGUUCAGGGAACACUGGAACAUGAGGAAUCCAAGAUUCUGCGUGUGCAGCUGGAGCUGAACCAGAUCAAGGGUGAGGUGGACAGGAAGCUGGCUGAGAAGGACGAGGAGAUGGAGCAGAUCAAGAGGAACAGCCAGAGGAUGGUUGACUCCAUGCAGAGCAACCUGGACUCUGAGGUCCGGAGCAGGAAUGACGCCCUGAGGGUGAAGAAGAAGAUGGAGGGAGACCUGAACGAGAUGGAGGUCCAGCUGAGCCACUCCAACAGGCAGGCCGCUGAGGCCCAGAAACAGCUGAGGAAUGUCCAGGGACAGCUCAAGGUAAAGGGACUGGGGAGGGAUUUGCUUGUGAAUCUGUAGAAAAUUAUAGCACAGAGGAAUUUAAUAGAGUUAACUAAUAUGCUGUUGAACGGUAGUGAUAUUGGGGAAAUUCUUACCAAUGAGCAUUUCUAUCACCCAUCCUAUCACCUCUACUUCCACAAGUAAUUUAUAUUUACAUUUACGUCAUUUAGCAGACACUCUUAUCCAGAGCGACUUACAAAUUGGUGCAUUCACCUUAUAGCCAGUGGGACAACCACUUUAUAAUAUGAUUAUUAUUCUAAAAAAAAAAAAUUUGGGGGGGGGUAAGGGGGGAGUAGAAGGAUUACUUUAUCCUAUCCCAGAUAUUCCUUAAAGAGGUGGGGUUUCAAGUGUCUCUGGAAGGUGGUCAGUGACUCCUAAUGAACCUAUGUCAUUGUGAACCCCAGGAUGCACAAUUGCACCUUGAUGACGCCGUCCGCGCCUCAGAUGAUAUGAAGGAGCAGGCAGCCAUGGUGGAGCGCAGAAACGGUCUGAUGGUGGCUGAAAUCGAGGAGCUGAGAGUUGCUCUGGAGCAGACAGAGAGAGGCCGCAAAGUGGCUGAGACUGAGCUGGUAGACGCCAGCGAGCGCGUUGGACUGCUGCACUCCCAGGUACGGGUCAAAAGCCCCUUCAAAUUAAACUCUACCUAACAUACCGUUUACACACACCUGGAAUUUGACAUUGCUUGCGUUCAGAUUUUAAUAAUUUCAGCUUUGUGACUUGUAAGUUCUCUUGAGAGUCAAACAAAUCGUUUUACCUCCUCCAGAACACCAGCCUUCUGAACUCCAAGAAGAAGCUGGAGUCUGACCUGGUGCAGGUGCAGGGAGAGGUGGAGGACAUCGUCCAGGAGGCCAGGAAUGCAGAGGAGAAGGCCAAGAAGGCCAUCACUGACGUGAGUCAAUUACAUCCACUUGAUUUGUAUCCAAGGGCCAAUGGUAGCCGGGCUGGUUUACCACAACAAAGAUCUCAUAGGGACGUUAUGAUUAUUGCCAAUUGGUGCAUAAAUUAAACAAACUACCAUUCCAGGCGGCCAUGAUGGCUGAGGAGCUAAAGAAGGAGCAGGACACUAGCUCUCACCUGGAGAGGAUGAAGAAGAACCUGGAGGUCACAGUCAAGGACCUGCAGCACCGCCUGGAUGAGGCUGAGAAUCUGGCCAUGAAGGGAGGCAAGAAGCAGCUCCAGAAACUGGAGUCCAGGGUGAGUUAAUAGCAGGGUGGAUUAGAGUUGAUUGAAAGACUGAUUGCUGGAAAUGUAUUUGAUCAUAUACAAAUACACAGGAGCAUUGAGUAAUGACUUUUUCUCUCACCUAGAGAAUGAAAAGAUGUUGUUAUCAUUACAGACACCCUUCAAUUAAAAUUGUAAAAGUACAUAGGAACAGACAAUCUGAUUUCACCACCUCAAAUAAAUGCCUACGUCCAUUUUUUCCACAAAGGUGCGUGAGCUGGAGACUGAGGUGGAGGCUGAGCAGAGAAGAGGUGUAGACGCGGUCAAGGGAGUCCGCAAGUAUGAGCGCAGAGUCAAGGAGCUCACCUACCAGGUAAGAGAAAGUACCUUCUUCACAAACUUGACACUAACACAGACAGGUUUGUGUAUAAAACUAUGGGGCAUUGAUUCUUUGAUCUUCUCCCACAGACUGAGGAGGAUAAGAAGAACGUUAACAGACUUCAGGACCUGGUAGAUAAGCUGCAGAUGAAAGUCAAGGCCUACAAGAGGCAGGCUGAGGAAGCGGUGAGUCACAUACUUAGUCAAAUACCCUGAAAGCAUACAUUCAAAAACAUAUUUUUUUCCCUUGUAGACAUUACAAAACUUAAAUGCAUUUACAUCAUUUAGCAGACACUCUUAUCCAGAGCGACUCACAGGAGCAAUUAGGGUUAAGUGCUCUGAUCAAGGGCACAUUGACAGAUUUUUCACCUAGUCGGCUCGGGGAUUAGAACCAGCGACCUUUCGGUUACUGGCACAACACUCUUAACCACUAAGCUACCUGCCGCCCUAUGUCCAUACAGUUUAAUGUCCAUAGUUUAGGCUCUUUCAAUUCCUAGUGGUAGAUGGCUGUAAAAAAAAGCAGACACUGAAUAACCCUUUGAGGGUGGUGAAGUUAUUAAUUAGGCUUUGGAUGGUGUAUCAAUACACCCAGUCACUACAAAGAUACAGGUGUCCUUCCUAACUGAGUUGCCGGAGAGGAAUGAAACCGCUCAGAGAUUUCACCAUGAGGCCAAUGGUGAUUUUAUAAACAGUACAGUGUUUAAUGGCUGUGAUGGGAGAAAACUGAGGAUGGGAUCAACAACAUUGUAGUUACUCCACAAUAUUAAUCUAAAUUACAGAGUGAAAAGAAGGAAGCCUGUACAGUAUAAAAACAUGCAUCCUGUUUGCAACAAGGCACUAAAGUAAUACUGGCAAAGGAAAACAUUUUGUCCUGAAUACAAAGCGUCAUGUUUGGGGCAAAUCUAAAACAACACAUCACUGAGUAUCACUGUCCAUAUUUUCAAGCAUGGUGAUGGCUGCAUCAUGUUAUCGGUAUGCUUGUCAUCGGCAAGGACUGGGGAUUGUUUCAGGAUUAAAAAAACAAAAAACAGAAUGGAGAUAAGAACAGGCAAAAUCCCUGUAAGAUGAAAAACCUGGUUCUGUCUGGUUCUGGGGGACGAAUUAACCUUUCAGCAAGACAAUAACCUAAACACAAGGCCAAAUCUACACUGGGGCUUUCUUACCUAGAAGUAAAUGAAUGUUCCGGAGUGGCCUAGUUACAGUUUUGACUAAAGUAAAGUAAAGAAACUAAAGGGAAGGAGGAACGGUGAUAUCAGGUGCCGCUAAAGUUGUUCAUGGCCAAAGUUCACACUGUGAAUGGGAGUAAUUCCUCCCAUGCGUCAUCAACUUCUUUCGGUGUAGCUGGAAUGGGAGUGGGGGAUCAUCUCCACGUUUGAAUUGAAUAAUAAAUUAGAAACGCCAAAGCAAGGCUUCUGCCUACAGCCAUAUUGAUCACACAUACGUGAGUAAAAAUAGGCACCAAAAAAAUAUUCAAAAAUCGGUCCAGACCUGUACAGGCUGUCAGUCGAUACACUCAACUAAAUAAAAUGUAAAACAGCCUAUAAAUGAAGCUCACAGACGAAUUCAACUACUCACACCAAACACCUACUCGCUCAGUAUUAACUGUGGGUAGCUAAUGAGAGGGAUUUUGACUUGAAAAACUAUGGCAAGACAUAAACAUGGCUGUCUAGCAAUGAUCAACAUCCAAAUUGACAAAGCUAGAAGAAUUUUGAAAUUAGUAAAUGGGCAAAUAUUGCACAAUCCCGGUGUGCAAAGGUCUUAGAGACUUGCCCAUCGCUGUAGUUGCUCCCAAAAGGUGUUUACAUCAUGUAUUGACUCAGGGGUGAGAAUACUUAUCUAGUCCAGAUAUAUUAGGGUUUUAUUUUUCAUCAAUUAAAAAAAAAAACGAAUCAUUCUUCCACUUUGACAUUUUUUUUGUAGAUCGUUGACAAAAAAUGUAAUUUAAAUCCAUUUUAAUCCAAAUUUGUAACACAAUUAAAUGUGAAGAUAUCCAAGGGGAGUUAAUACUUCUGAUUGGCCCCUGGAGGCCCCUGGAGGCCCCUGGAGGCCCCUGGAGGCAUUGGUUUGUUCCCCCGUUCCACCACUCACGUUCUCUGCUGUAUCAUCUAUCUCCCUAUGAACAUUGCUAUUCCUAAAUCAGUCAAUAAAAUAAAUAAAAACGUUGAAAUACCUUAAGAAAAAAAGAAUAUUAAUAUGCUACCUGAAGCUUCAAAUUUUGAAUACUGAUGUUUACUCCUCUCUUUUCCUCACCCAGGAGGAACAAGCCAACAGCCACAUGUCUAAGUUCAGGAAGGUUCAGCAUGAGCUGGAGGAGGCUGAGGAGCGUGCUGACAUCGCUGAGACUCAAGUCAACAAGCUCAGAGCCAAGACCCGCGACACUGGAAAGGUACAGAGCUGCUGCUAAACCUGUAUCUGACUAAAUGAUCAAAUAUGUGACCGACUGGCUCGAUUUAGUCUUAUGUAGCAAAAUUUGAAAUGGUGUUUUUUGACAUUGGAUAAAAGUAGAGACUUGUAUAAAAAAAUAUAUAUCAUGCACUACAGUUGAGGAACAAUGGAAAAGUAAUUCUGCUUUUAAAGUUGAUAAACUUGUAACCUCACUUUUGAGAAAAGGGCCCUUGAAUGUUUUGGUACACCUACUGGAGAGCUCUUCUUUGUCUACACCCAUUCAGCAUCGUUCACACCCACUUAAGCCCUAGCCCCACCCAUUUCUUUAAGGAUUCACAUGUGAGGCUAUGUACUAAACAACCAAAGAUUUCAAGACUAAAGGCUGGUUUAUACUACGGGUGUGUUCGUAAAUUUAAUCUGGAGUGCCAGAGUGUGCUCUGGACAUUUGUAAACUCAGAGCGUUGUCAGAUUGUCAAUUUUUAUGUUAUCCAGAGGCUGUUUUUAUGUUACCAGAGCGUUGGUGACCAUAACUGUGCUGCUGGCAACAAUUGAAUUACGCUUUUUUGCCAACGUUUACUGACACUGCCCAUAUUCAAUGGGUGUUGAGCUUUCGUACAUUUGUUAGUUAUUCUGCGCUCUGGCACAGUCAUACGAGAGUGCUCUGAAGUCGGAGUAG